CCCCCCCCCCUGUCCUUUCCGUUCCCAAGGGCAGGAGAAAGGAGGACCUUGGCACAGGUCUAAACAUUCUUAAGGAAGUUUUCAUUUAACCUCAGAGCACACGAGAGGUGAGCACUGGCCUCACUUUAAAGGGGACACUGAGGCUCACAGCCUGCUCCCGCCACAUCUUAUUACUGAUCACAAGAGGAAGGGUGCUGCACAGCUGUAGAGCACUUUCAAAACUCGGCAAGCACGGUCUCCGAGCCUCAGUUUCCUUAUCUGUCAGAGGGAGGGCGAUCGGAGUAAAGAGGACUAAUAGUGUUUAUUGAACGUUCGCUGUCUGCAGGUUCUGUUACUGGGCACCGUUACGGUUCUCACGGUGCACAUAAGGACACUGAGACACAGAGAGGUUAAGUGACUUGCCCGAGGACACACAGCUGGUAAGGAUUUGAACACAGUUUUGCUCCAGCACCCUGCCUCGUGUGGUUUUCUCAGAAUGGAACGAGACAGUCACGUAAGAUGCUUGGCCCAGGGCCUGUUGCCCAGUCAGUCAGGGCUCAGUAAACGUCCCCUGAUGUAAUUAUCGUCAUUGACCCUUGUUCCCUUUCUAGGUGGUUCUUCCGUAGGCUUCUUGUUCUUUUUAUCCACAAGCUCGAUCCUCUCCUCAAGAGCUCGGCCAGAGUGUGGCCAGGGUCCAUCCACAUGUCCACCCUCCCCCGGGGUGCCCACACUCCCAUUCUCUGUCCUCUAUGUCUGUUCUUCUGGCAGGCGACUUCCCGACCCAGAGCCAGAGGGCAGCCUGUAGCUAAAUGUCACCCAGCUUUGGUGGCCCUGCCUCAGGAAUGCAGCAUGCUUUCUGGGAGCCUAGGCAACAGUGAGACGUCUGAUUCUGUCAUCCCAACUGGGAACAGUUUCCACGGCAGAAACCGUGACCCUUUGAACCUGACACGUGAAUGUGUUUCCAUCCAAACACACGUUUGUGGCGUCUAAGUCUUGACGUUCACGUUCAUUGCCGAGGCACUUGGGAAGCCGGUGGUAGCAGGCACCAAAAAUUGGAGACAAAACCCCCCCGAUGGAGUGUGGGACAAUCCUGGUCCCCUUGCAGCUUCUUGUAGAGACGGGACACUGGCUUCGUUUGCAGAAUUGAAAUGACUCAUGGCAAGCUUUCUGAAUGCUAAAAUCCUGACUCUGAACCUCAGGUAGCAAGAACCCCUCCAUCUGGACAGAGCAGUAUCGUCUAUGUGUAUUCAUAUCUGCCAUCUUCUUUUUUUAAGUUAUUUAUUUUGAGAGAGAGAGAGAGAGAGGGAGAAUCCCAAGCCGACUCCAUGCUGUCAACACAGAGCCCGACGUGGGGCUCGAACUCGCGCACUGUGAGAUCAUGACCCGAGCCGAGAUCAAGAGUCGGACACUUAACCGACUGAGCCACCCAGGCGCCCCUUUGUCUGCCGUCUCGUUGAGUGACACGGCUCCACGCUACAGACGAGGAAGCUGAGGCUCCGUUGGGGAAACUGGUCAGGAAGCAGGAGGGGUCUGGUCCCCUGGGAGUGGUGGCGGCUUCCCAUCCGGCCUUCUUACCCCCUACCCAGUGUCAUUUCUCUUUCUCUCCCUCCUUUCCAGGUCCCUCCAGGCCCAGAACCAGCAGCACUGACAGAGGGGGCAGGUGGCAGGGCCUCCCCACCUGCCCCGCGGAAGAUGCAGUUCUUUGGGCGCCUGGUCAACACCCUCAAUAGCGUCACCAACUUGUUCUCGAACCCGUUCCGGGUGAAGGAGGUGGCUGUGGCGGACUACGUCUCGAGUGGCCGGAUUCGGGAGGAAGGGCAGCUGGUUCUGUUCCAGAACUUUCCCAACCGCACAUGGGACUGCAUCCUGGUCAACCCCAGGAACUCACAGAACGGAUUCCGACUCUUCCAGCUGGAGAGGGAGACGGACGCCCUCGUGAACUUCCAGCACUAUUCUAUCCAGCUGCCGCCCUUCUACGAGAGCUCCAGCCAAGUCCUGCACGUCGAGGCCCUGCAACAGCUGACCGACCUCAUCCGCAGCCAUCCCAGCUGGUCGGCGGCCCAUUUGGCGGUGGAGUUGGGCAUCCGAGAGUGCUUCCAUCACAGCCACAUCAUCAGCUGUGCCAAUAGCCGGGAGAAUGAGGAGGGCUGUACCCCCCUGCACCUGGCCUGCCGCAAGGGCGACGGGGAGAUCCUGGCGGAGCUGGUACAGUACUGCCACGCCCAGAUGGACGUCACGGACAACAACGGAGAGACUGCCUUUCAUUACGCCGUCCAGGGGGACAAUUCCCAGGUGCUGCAGCUCCUAGGGAAGAACGCAUCGGCCGGCCUGAACCGGGUGAACAACCAAGGGCAGACCCCACUCCACCUGGCCUGCCAGAUGGGGAAGCAAGAGAUGGUCCGAGUACUGUUACUCUGUAACGCUCGGUGCAACAUCAUGGGGCCCAGUGGCUACCCCAUCCACACAGCCAUGAAGUUCUCCCAUAAAGGGUGUGCUGAAAUGAUCAUCAGCAUGGACAGCAGCCAGAUCCACAGCAAAGACCCUCGCUAUGGAGCCAGCCCCCUCCACUGGGCCAAGAACGCAGAGAUGGCCCGCAUGCUGCUGAAGCGGGGCUGCGACGUGAACGGCACCAGCAGCUUGGGGAACACAGCCCUGCAUGUGGCCGUGAUGCGCAACCGCUUGGACUGUGUCAUGGCCUUGCUGACCUACGGGGCCAACGCCAACGCCCGCGGAGAGCAUGGCAACACGCCGCUGCACUUGGCCAUGUCGAAAGACAACGUGGAGAUGAUCAAGGCCCUCAUUGUGUUUGGGGCAGAGGUGGAUACCCCAAAUGACCUCGGAGAGACUCCUGCUUUCAUAGCUUCCAAGAUCAGCAAACUUGUUACCAGGAAGACGCUCUUAACUCUGCUGAAAAACGUAGGGGCCGACCACCGCCUCCCACUCACCCAAGGGGCCCCCUCGGAGCAGGGCUCCACUGCGACACAUCACUCCUUGUUCUCCCAGGAAAGAUCUCAGCCCCCACCGAUCAGCUUAAACAACCUAGAACUGCAGGACAUCAUGCAUAUCUCCCGGGCCCGGAAGCCGGCGUUCAUCCUGAGCUCCAUGAGGGACGAGAAGCGGACCCACGACCACCUGCUCUGCCUGGACGGAGGGGGCGUGAAGGGCCUCGUCAUCAUCCAGCUCCUCAUUGCCAUCGAGAAGGCCUCGGGCGUCGCCACCAAGGAUCUCUUUGACUGGGUGGCGGGGACCAGCACUGGAGGCAUCCUGGCCUUGGCCAUUCUGCACAGCAAGUCCAUGGCCUACAUGCGGAGCAUGUACUUUCGCAUGAAGGAUGAGGUGUUCCGAGGCUCGCGGCCCUACGAGUCGGGGCCCCUGGAGGAGUUCCUGAAGCGCGAGUUUGGGGAGCACACGAAGAUGACCGACGUCAAGAAACCCAAGGUGAUGCUGACGGGGACGCUGUCUGACCGGCAGCCUGCUGAGCUUCACCUCUUCCGGAAUUACGAGGCCCCGGAGUGUGUACGGGAACCUCGUUUCAGCCAGAACAUUAACCUGAAGCCUCCGACUCAGCCCUCAGAGCAGCUGGUGUGGCGAGCUGCCCGGAGCAGUGGGGCAGCCCCCACCUACUUCCGGCCCAACGGGCGCUUCCUGGACGGCGGGCUGCUGGCCAACAAUCCCACGCUGGACGCCAUGACCGAGAUCCAUGAGUACAACCAGGACAUGAUCCGCAAGGGCCAGGAAGGCAAGGUGAAGAAGCUCUCCAUCGUGGUCUCUCUGGGGACAGGGAGGUCCCCACAGGUGCCCGUGACCUGUGUGGACGUAUUCCGUCCCAGCAACCCCUGGGAACUGGCCAAGACUGUUUUCGGGGCCAAGGAACUGGGCAAGAUGGUGGUGGACUGUUGCACGGAUCCGGAUGGGCGGGCCGUGGACCGGGCCCGGGCCUGGUGUGAGAUGGUCGGCAUCCAGUAUUUCAGAUUGAACCCCCAGCUGGGGACUGACAUCAUGCUGGAUGAGGUCAGCGACACAGUGCUGGUCAAUGCCCUGUGGGAGACUGAGGUCUAUAUUUAUGAGCACCGAGAACAGUUCCAGAAGCUCAUUCAGCUGCUGCUGUCACCGUGAGGCCGCUGGGCACCCCCCGCCACCCCAUCCCACCCACCUAGCCCUUGAUGGAGAGGCCAGGUGACAUCUAACCAGCGCGCCACUGGGCAGAGCUGGGCCUCGGCGGCUCUGCAUCUCCAGACCAGCCAGACCAGGCCUCAGAGGGCACUGGGCUUCCUGCCUGAGGCUGGUCCUGGGUCCUGCCCACACCGUCCCCGCCUUCUGGCACUUUUUGUCAUUCCACGCUUAGAAAUCCUAGAGCCUCACUGGGGCCCUCUCCCUGAUUGCCAAGGACAACUGACGCUUGGGCCCCCAGCCCUGUUAGCUCAGACACCAGGCGUUCUCCCAGGUCCCCUGGCGGAGGGGGGAUGCCAAGACCCCUUCCACUCUCUGUCCUCUUCCCUGGGGUGGGGGGCUUGGAGAAACAGGCCUUUGCCCACCCAUCAGCAAGGGAAACCCAAGCCCCGCCGACUCUGCCCUCAACACACAUGCAGCCGCCUGCACCCCUCGGAACUGCCCCACCCUGCGAGCUCCCCUCAGCUCUCAAAGGUCACUUCUGUGACUUCGGUUAUUCCUCCCGACCCGAGGUGGUUGAUGGGUGGGGCGGGGAUCCAGAGCCUGCCCUUAACUGAAAUAAACGGUUUGAUUCAA